CGAUGAACAUAUCAAAUCAUAUGGUUUUGUAAGAAAAAAAACCAAGAAAAAAUGCAUUUUCUGAAGAUAUUAUUAGCAAAUCACAAUCAAAGUAGGCGCCGAAAUAACGCCAUUGACUGCUUUAAAUGUCAAAAAAAUGACAGUUUCAACAAUUAUGAAUAACUAAUAAUGUAUGAGUAGAUCCAUUUAAUGUAGUUUUAUCAUUGGUAGCUGUCUUGGGCCGUUCACUUUUGAAAGAUUUUUAACACUUCCGGUAUUAAAGAAUUUUUUUAAUAUUUUGGACACUGGAUUGUGUAUCCUGGUAAAUAUUAUUGAACAGUGUACAAACUUCACUUGUCGAAAGUUUCGGAGAGAUCACGCUAGAAAAACGUCUAGAAUCACCAACACCGAGUUUCGUCAGAUUCGCUAAUUACAAACUUCAGGUCUUGCUCCUAAGAAAAUAGAGAAUACUUCCGAUGAAGUAAUUUCAUUAUUAAACAAGUCAUCUCAAGAGCAGGAAUCUAUCACUGCAGAGAAGGAGUCGACAGAUGAAGAAUUUAGUCCCUCGUGCAGUUAGUGAUGAACACUUUUAAAUCAUUUUUUAUGAGUUUUUGAAUAUAAUUAUGUCCAAAAAAGUUGUAUUUUUUUCAAUAUUAAUUUUGUCCACCUAGAUUUAUGAAAUGGACCACUGUGCUGCGUAAGCAAUUGAAAUCAAACAUCUUAACAAAAAAAACAAAAAGGAAAAUUUAUAAUACAUUUAUUAGAUCAGUGAUAAGUUAUGAUUCGGAGACCUGGGUAAUGAGUCAUUACUAAUGACUAAUGACACAAGAACAUAAUUCUUAAUACAUAUAUGUUUGAAGGAAUAUGGAAUCUUCGAGCACGAUUAAAACCAAAUAUCCUAAAUUGAUCAUGGCUUUCAAAAAAAUAUUAGAUUGAUAAUAUAUCAAUGUAAGCAUACAAUGAGAGGAUGCACACGUCAUUAUGUAUAGCAAUUUCGUUAAUAACUAUUUGAUCUAUGAUCCCGUACAAUAUAACUUUUCAUAUUAUAGCAAUUGUGCCAUCUCAUGUGUCGUAUUUAUACAUCAUUACCCUUUCCAAUCUUUAAUUCAAUUAAUGUUAAAACUUUUUCAUUAUCCCGAAACCAUUGAUUUAAUAUAAUCCAUCAUUGUUACAUUAUACCAAAUUAUUUUAUAUUUUACUUUCUUUUUUGUGGCUUCUUGUUCCCCCUAAAUUCACUAUUUACAUAAUAUUACUACACCACCACCACCACCAAAGAGAGAUCGCAGAUAAGGUGAAAGUUAUUACAUAAUAUAUGCGCUGAGUUACGUUACAACGUCUACCUGUUUCAACGUUUUUAAUCGGUAUUAUAGGUAUUCGUUUGCAUUUAUCUGGUUGCGAUUAGUGUUUAUUGAAUGAUUAAAAUUUUGAGUUAAAAAUUAAUUAAAACGUUCAGUGGAAUUCCUGUAACCAAUUUGGCAACGAUAACAAGAUUAUUACGUAUACACCAGGUGGAAACGUCUGUAAGAGUUUAUAUAUGGCAGGUUUAAAAUAUUUUCAAACCUUAUUUCGCACAUAAGUGAAUCACUUAAAUAAUGUUUUGAUAUCUUCUUAAUCAAAUUCGACGACUUCAAAUUAAUUGUCUAACAAUGAUUAGCAGAGAUAAUGAGAUACUAGAAAAAUAUUCUGAAGAUAGUUACGAGAAAGGUGGAGGUUGUUGUUGUUGCAAAACAUGGAAAAAAUGUUUAAAAUGGUCUUUAAUUGGAUUUUUUACUUUUCUUCUAUUUCUUUUCAUUUUAAUCUGGGUAAUAUUUCCAAUAAUAUUUAUGUGUACAGUUUCUAUUCAAAGAUUCUUAAUAUUUCCAGCUUUUAAAGAACCAUCAAAUCCAGAAUACGAUAACUUUGAAAAAUACGGCGCCACUGGUGUUAGAAACAUCUAUGUUACACUUCGUGAUUUGGAUGAUAAUUCGUUAAUUUCUCUGGGCGUUUGGCACGUUUUACCCGAAAAACUAAUCAAUGAGUCUUUAGAAAACCAAGAUUUUAGUUUUGAUGACGCCUUAAAUUCCACGGAACAUGACGUUAUCAUUUAUUGCCACGGAAAUAGUGGUACAAGAAUACAUACUUAUCCAACAUAUGUUGUACUAAGAGAAUUUUUUCAUGUAAUUGCAAUGGACUAUAGAGGUUACGGUGAUUCCUCGCCGAAUAAACCAUCGGAAAAAUCAAUCGUUAAUGAUUUAAUACAAUUUUAUCAAUGGGUGAGAUCAAAAACUCCAGCAAAAAUCUAUGUUUGGGGACAUUCAUUAGGAAGUUCUUUGAGUACGCAUUUAGUAAUGAAAUUGAAUGAAAUGGAUAUAGUUCCUACAGGAUUGGCUUUGGAAGCACCUUUCACCACAAUACGUGAUGAAAUUGCACUCCACCCUCUUGGAAAAGUUUUUGCAUGGUUACUAUAUUUUGAUGCAACUAUUCGAGAUCCGCUAGAAAGGAACGAAUUUCUUUUUAAGACGACUCAUUAUAUUUUAAAUGUUACAUGUCCUGUUAUGAUAGUACAUGCUGAAGAUGAUAUAAUUAUUCCGUCUAGUUUAGGGGAAAAGUUAUAUAACUCAGCUAAAGAAAAUAAUCACUUACAAAGUUCUCAAGAUAUGCUAACAUUGCAUUUAAUUGAUGCAAAAUAUAAAUUAGGACAUAUGAAGGUAACUCAGUAUGAAAAGAUGCCUGAAUAUAUUGAGAAAUGGAAAGAAGUUUGUGAUAAGCAUAACUCAGGAAAGGGUUAAUGAAGAAAUGGUGGAAAAUUAUUAAGAUCUUUUUUUAUUGUUAAGUUUGUGUUUAGAUGGGUUGUAAACGUAUUCUUAAAUUGGAUGUAUAUUUUAAUAAAUAUCAUUUUGUAACGAAAAAAAUUAA